AUGGGACUGUUUCCGCACCACCAGACGGCACGUGACGCGGACUACGCAUUGUCUGAGAGUCAUCCUGGCUGCCUCGCUGGCAGACUCCAGUCCAAGAUCCCUUCCUUCCUGCCCCCGGAAAGAGUCGAGUCUCGGGUCACAGCAAUUGAGACUUGCGACGCUGGUUGCAUUGGCGGUGCUGUUGAUGCGUUCAUGCCACCCACUUGGCCGUGCGACCAGAUGCAGAUUGAAUGGUCAUUUGUAUUCUCUGCAGACCGAGAAAACAAUCAGUCGCGUCUGCUUUUGCGGGGGGAUGUGUGCCAGGCAGUACACGCAAAACAGCUCGCAAAUUGA